GGGAGGCAUGCUCUGCCUCCGAGCUGCUAGGGAGGCAAAGGAACAGCCCCUUGCUCGAAUUAAGAGGGAUAUGCAUGAACAUAAUGAAACCCAUUGGCACGAAGAGGAGCAUCAUGAUCAGGACUAUGAUGACAGCCAUGAGCACGAUGAUGACGACGAGGGGCACCAUGAUGACAGCGAUGAUCACGAAGGGGAGCACCACGGUCUUGGCCACAACGGAACCCAUAUCCAUAACGCUACGAAAGAUCACGACAGUGAUGAGCAUCACGAAGAGGGCAUCAGAUCAGCUAUGAUGAACAGCACAUGGACAGCAUGA